GAAGUUCUGAGUCGACUCUUGAAACGGUGAAGCUGUGAUCACUAAACACCAGACUGCUGUGAACGUGUUCGAAUUGCUCCACUUACAGGAGGCGUCUUCAGGUCCUGGUCCACGACCCACUUCUGAUGCCGGUGCUGAGCUUCAUGUGGGCUCUGUGUGUGAACAUGAUGACAGUCAACAUGUUUCUGAGUCUCUUCUUUCUCUCAGGUGCUGCAGAUGAUUGUGAUUAUCCAUCAAAAGUGGAUGUUAAAACACCACAGAAGAUGGAGGCUCUGAGUGGAUCCUGUUUAAAAAUCCCAUGUAGCUUUGACAAUCCAGAGAGGUUUGACGGCACAAGAGAAACUUCUGCAAUGUGGAUCAGAGAUCAUCCUUUUCAUUUUAACAACCCUGACUCAGUGGUUUAUGACAGUAGAAACACAGACAAUAAAUAUCCAAUGAAGAUUACAGGAAACCUGCGUGAGAAAAACUGCACCACUGAGUUUUUUAAUUUAACCACAGAGUACACACACACAUACUACUUCAGGAUCAUCAACUUGCCUUUUAAAGCAACAGCUGCUUGUGAUCCUCUUCAGAUCACAGUUAAAGAUUCUCCUCCGAGGCCCACAUUACAAGUCUCAGGUGAUCAGAAUGAGCUGAAGGAGAAGGAGUCUGUCACUAUAACCUGCUCAGCUCCCACUCCCUGUCCACACCUCCCUCCUCGACUCACCUGGAGCCUCCAACAAGAUGCUCACAGCCAAACAGAGGAAAACACAGAUGGAACUUUAACCACUAAGAUCCAGCAGACCAUCACUCUGUCAGACCAACAUGAUGGAUUCAAGCUCAGCUGCUCUGCUGUGUAUCCUGUUGAUGGAGGACAACAUGUGAAAACAGCUGUGGCAGAGCUCACUCUCAGAGUUUCUUAUGCUCCUAAAGACACGUCAGCCUCCAUCAGUCCAUCAGGUUUGGUGUCUGCAGGGAGCUGGGUGAACCUGACCUGCUCCAGCAGAGCCAGACCUGCUGUCAGAUACACCUGGUUCAAGAUCAGUGAUCAUGGAGCAGUCAGAGUGUCUGAAGGAGACUUUUACAGCUUUAAUGUGACGGAAGGAGGAGUUUAUUACUGUGUGGCUGCAAAUCAUCUGGGACGUCAGACUUCAGAACAGAUUCAUCUUUUGAGAGAAGCAGAUCUGCAUCUGAACACCAUGAUUGGAGUAGUUAUUGGGCUCAUCGUGUUCAUCUGCCUGCUGCUCGGUGUUUACUUCUUCAUGUGUUGGAGGAGAAGAAAGAACACAACUUCAACUGUGCAAGUGGGUCAGAGUCAGACAGGUGAAGAGCUGGCUGCUGAAGAGCCUGCAGAAAAACCUCAGGAAGAGGGAGAAAACGUCCACUAUGGAGAGAUCCACUUCUCCAAGCAGAAACCUGAACCGUCCUCCAAGUCUGAGAUCAGAAGCAAGCAGGAGAACACUGUGUACGCAGAGGUCAGAGGCUCUCAGCCGGGAAACAGCUCCACACACACUGCUGACCACCCCGAGGAUCUCAACUGUCUUUACGCUGAAGUGAAGGAGAAAUGAGAAUAUUCUGUUGGAUUUACUGAGGUGUGAAGUCAUAAAGUACAGAUACUUUACUACUGUACUUGAGGAGAUAGCAGUACUUCAUUUGAUUUGGGUGAUUAUUUUUCCUGUUUUUCCUGCUUCCAGACACAAAUAUCUGUACUUUCUACUCCUCACAUUGUCAGAAUGUUCUUGUGACUUCUUUAAACUGUUGCCAAAUCAACCUGGAAUACAUUGAAUUCUCUCUCUUGAGUGGUCUGUCAUUCGACAGGUCCGGCAUCAGUCAGUACUCUCCAGUCGUAUCUCCUCUGCACCAUGCUCUUCAUUUGUUGGUAGCUUCUUCCUUAUGUCGUGCAGCACCAUCGCUCUCUUGCUGCCCCUCGGUCUUCUCCCUUCGAAUCUUCCUUCCAUGGUAUCGCGCAGCCGCCCUUCACUUCUCAGAAUAUGCCCAAUCCAUCUCGCCUUCCUCCUCCUGAUGGACUGAAUUAGCUUUUGUUGUUUAUUAACUCUGCUCAACACUUCUUCAUUCGUUACUCUUUCCGUCCAGCUGAUCCUCUCCAUCCUUCUCCACAUCCACAUCUUGCGACCUUCCAGCCUCUUAAUUUCCGCCUUCCUCAGUGUCCAAAUUUCAGAUCCAUACGUCAACACACUCCAAACUAAGGUCUUGACUAUCCUUUUCUUUAGGCUCUUGUCAAGGUUUUUGAUAAGCAGGAUGUUGUGUCUAUUGAAUGCCUCUUUCGCCAUCACUAAGCCUCUCUCGCGCUACCUCCAUCUUCUGUUAUAAGACUUCCUAGAUACUUGAACUGCUUGACUUGUUCGAGUGUGCUUCCAUUGAUGGUAAUUCUCAUUUCCCCUCCCUCUCUUACUGACCUUCAUCAGUUUGCUCUUGUUUUGAUUGAUUCAAAUUUUGUACUUUUCUCCAACUUAACGGAGGCUCGUCAUGAUGGUCUGCAGGCCUUCUUCUGUGCUUGCCAUCGUCGCCUGGUCAUCAGCAAAUCUUAUCGCCUGAAUCAAGUGUCCAAUUAACAACACUUGAGGUGAACUAUGGAGAAAAGGCAUCAGCAAGGUUGAUCAGUCUGAAAGACAAAACCAAAUCCAAUUCAUGUCAGUUUGAGGGACCAAGAAAAAUUCUGGCAGCUGCAUAGAAGAACUUCCUGUGUUUCAGAAGGAAACAUUUUCAUUUAAACUGGGUGUGAAGGCGUUAAGGUGACCUGCACAAUGUACUUAGAUCCACCAGAGUAUC